UGAAGAUUCUGAUUCUGAUCUGUUCUCCAAAAUAAUGGGCUGGCGUUCGUUGAAAUCGGAUUUCUCGUCUAUAGUUCAUGAUCCUUGUCUAGAAAACGUCUUCCAUCACCAUAUAUCGGAGCAUAUAGCAAGGAAUUCGGUCGUCUCGUGGGUGUGCGAAAGAAAUAUUUAUCGUACUACAGUUUCACGCGAGGAAGAAAAUGAAGAUUCGGCGUCGAUCGUUUCCUCUUAUAGAACUCGGCUGUCUAUUCGUACGAGAAAAAAUGGUCUUCAUCUGUGGUCAUUCGGUCUUCAUUCGUCAGUCGUCGUUACAUGCAAUCCAUCGGUUCGCUAUUUCGGUAAGAGCCCACCACUUUGCUCGAUCCCGAUCCCGUAUUCUCCACACUGUCGCUGA